AUGUGGGACAUGACACCAAAUACUGAACUAGCUUCAAGUCAGCAGUCAAGCGGUAACUGCUUGAUGUUUGAACUAACAACGUCUCAUUCGAAACCGAUAAUGACAAUCUGUGGUGGUCGAAUCGCAUAUAAUGAUGGCAAGUUCGAUUCUGGGUAUGGCAAAGUGCUUGAACUUCUGCCGCAUUCUCCAUAUCUCUACUGCAUUAUUGAACAACUCGAACGGUUCGAUUCUGGGUAUGGCAAAGUGCUUGAACUUCUACCGCAUUCUCCAUAUCUCUACUGCAUUAUUGAACAGCUCGAACGGGUAAAACUGAAUGGAACUGUAGAUGAAAAAGUAACGCAAAGCGGUGAUCAGUUACAGCGACUGGAAAUGAGCGCUAACACACCCUUCUUAGCUACAAAAUAUCCUCAGAAGCAGUUCGAUACCAGUUAUUCCGGUCUCGUUCCAUUCUUAUUUAAAGUUUUUUUUUUCUUUUCAUGUAAUUCGUUUGCACUGCAGGUGCCGAAUUCUGUCGAGGAUUUUAAUGGUAACGGCUUGUCGAUGCUCUUCGAAGACUCUCCUUGCCAGGACGGUCUUGAUUUUCACUGUAGCAGGGCAAGAUUUCUGCUGCGUUCAGAAAUCGCUGGUCUGCGAGUGGGCCUACACUUCACUGCCGAGGGGCAUUGCUUCUUUGCUAUUCGUUUCUUGGUGAAGGUGCUAAAAUUAGGGCAGUUUGGACCGGUAGAACGUUUCAGUACCGUGCCAAUGAUGGAUUGA